UUUUGACAGCUAUGGCUGCAUCCUUUAUUGGAUGCAGACACGUGUUUAUAUUGAGUUUAGUUUUAUUUAUUAUUUUUACUAACGUAAGAAGUGAUUGCUCUAAAAAAGAUGAAUUCUGUAGUUCCGUUAAUGAAAAUAAAGAAGAAAACAAAUAUCGACAAGAUGUUAAUGAUAAAUGGAAAUCUUAUUUAAAUGAAAUAGAAGAGGCAUUGAAAGUAUAUGAACCCUGCAAUGCAACAGAUUGCUCUUGCCAUAAAAAAGUUAUUGAGCAAGAUCUUGCACCUUGGAUGACAUCAGGAAUAAUGCAAGAAAUGUUGGAAGCCGUAAAAGAUAGAGGAACUCAUUAUCAAAUUAUUAAUCAUAAAUUAUAUCGUGAAGACGAAUGUAUGUUUACUUUCAGAUGCACUGGAGUGGAACAUUUUAUUUUAGAAAUUAUUCACAAAUUACCAGAUAUGGAAUUUAUUUUAAAUACUAGAGAUUGGCCACAAGUUAAUAAGCAUUGGAUGACAUAUCCUGUAUUUUCUUUUAGUAAAACAUCUCAAUAUUUAGAUAUUAUGUAUCCAGCAUGGACAUUCUGGGAAGGUGGACCUGCUAUUAGUCUUUAUCCAACAGGUCUUGGAAGAUGGGAUUUACAAAGAAAAAUCAUUUCUAAGUCUGCUAAGAAGUGGCCUUGGAAGAAAAAGAAACCUGUAGCAUUUUUCCGUGGUUCACGUACAAGUGCCGAAAGAGAUCCUCUGAUUCUGUUAUCCAGAAGUCAUCCUGAAUUAGUUGAUGCUCAGUAUACUAAAAAUCAGGCAUGGAAGUCUGAUAAAGAUACAUUAGGUGCUAAACCAGCAAAAGAAGUACUUUUGGAGGAUCAUUGUCAAUAUAAAUAUUUAUUUAAUUUUCGUGGUGUAGCAGCUAGUUUUCGCUUAAAGCAUCUUUUUCUCUGCAAAUCGCUGGUUUUUCAUGUUGGAUAUGAGUGGUUAGAGUUUUUUUAUCCAGCUUUAAAACCAUGGGUUCAUUACAUUCCAGUAAAUAAAGAUUUGCAUAAUGUAAAAGAACUGCUUGAUUUUGCAAAAGAAAAUGAUGUUGAAAUGAAGAAGAUAGCAGAAAGGGGAUAUAACUUCAUUUGGGACCAUUUACAAAUGGAAGAUAUAUCAUGCUAUUGGUAUGAACUUCUAAAACAAUAUAAAAUCAUUGGCGAGGUUCAGUUGAAAAAAUAUGGCAAGUUUAUGGAAGAAUACGGAACUCAAUUAAAAGAAAUUGAACAUGCUUUAGAUGAAACUCUCAGUGAUAUUUGGGACAUGACGCUUGAUCCCAUUUCUCUUCAGUACUUGCCAUAUGAAAGAACUAAUUUGUUAGAAUUAAUAUCUACCGAUAAUAAAAUUUUAAAUAAAAUCAUCACGGCGUUGGCUGCAAUAUGUUGUGAAAUGCAGGAAUUAUGUUAUGAAGCCAAAACAAAAUAUUAUAACAUUCUUCUUUUUUAUGGUGAAGGAGAACCCAAAGGAGGUUUUCAAGAAGGAGAUGCUCAAAUAGCUAUUGGAAGAAUUAUUUCAGUUAUGCAGGUAGGUUAA